GUCUGUGCCAUAGUGCUUUGUCUUUCAUGCUACUAUCUGACCAAAGCCCCAAGCUGGAUUCUGCAGUCACUUUCUCUGACUGAAUCCUUCAAGACGCAAUCUCUCCAGAAUCCCUGGGUGCCCCCUGGGUUUUGAUGUCUGGUUGUUCAAUCGAUUUCUAUUCGUCUCCUUUAUUGGCACUCUAUCUAUUGGGAGCGAAGCGCUAAGUACCAAUGCUCAAGGCCUGAACAGAAUAGUUGUCUUUCAACUCAAUUGUAUUUUUAUCCAACCAAGUCCAGUGAUUUGAUACCAUGGAUAUCGGUGGUCUCACAACAGUGGUAGCCAACUCGGCCUACAUCUCAGCUCGUGGAAGCUUCGAUGGAUCAGCAAACCCAGCAGCAAAUCGGGACAAGAAAUACCAUUCCAAGCUAAAACUGCCUCACAUCACGGUAUGCGAGGGCCUUAGGGAAACACUGGAUCUCCAGUUUAACAGUAUCUGUGUCGAACAACCCAUUGGCAAGCGCUUGUUCCAGGAAUACCUAGAAACAGUGAAUGAGUACAAGGGGCCCUGUCGCCUAUGGAAGGACGUGGAGGAAUACGACACUGCUGAGGACAAAGAUCGGGUCAGUAAGGCUGCCAAGAUCCUCCAACGCUACAUGGACCCCGCGGCCAAGUACUUCUGUCCGUUUCUGCCUGAAAAUGACAUCACCAAUGUGAAAGAGCAGCAUGACAAAGCUUCCAAUGACUUGUUUGUUGUGAUUUUAGCCUGCAUACUUGAUUUCCUUAAGGAGGUCCCAUAUACCUUCUACCUGGAGACCAUGUACUUCAAAAGAUUCCUGCAGUGGAAGUGGCUGGAGAUGCAGCCCAUUGGUGAGGACUGGUUCCUGGACUUCCGCGUGCUUGGUAAGGGUGGCUUCGGCGAGGUGUCGGCUUGCCAGAUGAGGGCCACAGGAAAGAUGUAUGCCUGCAAGAAGCUGAAUAAAAAAAGGCUUAAGAAGAGGAAAGGCUAUGAGGGUGCCAUGGUGGAGAAGAGGAUUCUGGCUCGUGUUCAUAGUAGAUUCAUUGUUUCCCUGGCCUACGCCUUCCAGUCCAAAACCGAACUUUGUCUGGUCAUGACCAUCAUGAAUGGAGGAGACCUGAGGUACCACAUUUAUAAUGUAGAUGAGAACAAUCCAGGUUUUGACGAGCUCAGGGCAUGCUAUUAUGCCGCUCAGAUCAUUCAAGGACUGGAGCACCUUCAUCAGAAGAAAAUCAUUUACAGAGACCUGAAACCAGAGAAUGUUCUUCUUGACAAUGAAGGUAACGUGCGUAUCUCUGACCUUGGAUUGGCUGUGGAGUUAGCAGACGACCAGGAGAAGACGAAAGGCUACGCUGGGACUCCGGGAUUCAUGGCCCCGGAGUUGCUGAAAGGAGAGGAGUAUGACUACUCGGUGGAUUACUUUACUCUUGGGGUCACUCUCUAUGAGUUCAUUGCUGCCAAAGGGCCGUUCAGGACUCGAGGGGAGAAGGUGGAGAACAAAGAGGUAAAGAAGCGCAUCCUGAAUGACCCAGUGACCUACACUGAGAAGUUCAGUGAGAACGCAAAGUCCCUAUGUGAAGCCUUACUAGCCAAGGAAGUGGACAAGAGGAUGGGCUUCAAGAAUGGGACUUGUGACGAGUUGCGUUCACACCCUUUCUUCAGCAGCAUUAACUGGAGGAAGCUGGAUGCAGGGAUCCUGCCACCUCCGUUUGUCCCUGAUUCCAAGACUGUAUACGCCAAGAACCUUGAUGACGUGGGAGCAUUCUCCACUGUCAAAGGGGUCAACCUGGAAGACACAGACAAGGAUUUUUUUGAUGAGUUUGCCUCUGGAAAUAUCUCCAUACCCUGGCAGGAGGAGAUGAUUGAGACAGGAAUCUUCGGUGAGUUGAACGUCUGGGGUCGUGGCGGCACGGUGCCCGAUGAUCUACGCCGUGAGUCUAUCCUGGAGCCUCCAAAGUCUUCCACUUGUACCAUAUCAUAAACGCUUCUACACAAAGAGAACUCUUUCCCCUUUCCUAAAUGCUCUCUGAUUGGGUUGAUGCCUGGACAUGAAGAGAAUCAAGAAUGACCAGAGAAAUGAAGUUAUUUCAUGCUGUCAUGUUUUUAUUGAGAAAAAUGAACUGCUAAGCAGCUUUGAAUUUAUGGGUAUUACUACUGUAUAGCGCUGUUGGAUUGAUUCCGUUUGAUCAGAAGGUGUUUAAUAUGUUUAGGUCACAGGUUCAAUUUCACCCCACAACAGGGGCAGUGUCUAACACCUGGAUAUCCUCUCAUAAACAUAUUUAAAAUUUCUUGUUUAGAAAAUGAAGGUUGCUCCUGUCCUGUCCUUGGCUGGUUUGGUUCGUUUUUCUAGCUAGUAUGGUCACAUGUUGUCGAUUCCAUAUAGCCAACUUAAGUCAGUAGAUCUUACAUUAUCAUGUCAGCAAGAUGCAAUUGAGUCGCUAGUGUACAGUACAUGUGCGACUUCAGUUUCUUUCGAGGAUGCUGGGAUUCUUGAUUCUCUGUGGAUCCUUGGAACCGUAGGGUUGCCCUGAGAUCAAUCAACAAAGCUGCAAUCACAUUUCUAAAAAAUAUGGAGCCUUUCGUACAAAAGACAGAAGAAUUCAUUCAUUUCUCUCAACACAGGACACUCAGGUGCUUGUUCAGUCCCAGCAACUUAUUCUCCAUCUGUCCACCAUUCAUCUUCUGAAGCUGAUCCAGAAUGCAGACGCACGACUUGUCUCAAAUUCAAAACACUGAUGCUUGCCUGCAAAGCUUAAAACAGCUCAGCACAAACUUUCCUUAUCACGCUCCUCACUGCACCACAUUCUCUCCGAUCCUCUAACACUGCUCAACCAGUCCCACCAUCUCUCAGGGAUUGAGGAAGACAUGCAUCUAGACCUCUUUAUGUCCUGGCUCCUAGCUGGUGGAAUUAACUUUUUCUAGACGUCCUACAUCCGAGUAGCUGGCAAUCUUUAGGCGACUGUUAUUUAGGUGUUUGGGUUAACUCCACAUCCCUUACCCAAAAAUAAUCUUUCCCAACAAUGACUGAUAGCACUUCUAGCUAAUAACCCAGUGAACCAGGGAAAGAAUAUAUCUAAUGAUGGACACUUUAAAGCACUUAUAUAAGUCGCUCUGGAUAAGAGCUUCUGCCAAACACUUAUUAAAUGUAAAUGUACAUAAUCUCAGAUGACAGCCGUUCCAUGGAUGCUGUGUGCGCCAUGUCAUUUGGAUCUGGAUUGCACUGCCCAAUGCUCAAAGUCAGCCAUGGGUGAGCUGGUUCCUCACUACAUUGUGGUGGAGUAUCCAGAUGUUAGACACCAUGGCUUACAGUUAGAAGGUGAUAUGUGAUAAUCAAAUAGGCACAAAAUUAAACACUAUGGGAUGUUCUGUUAUAUGGAAUGAUGUAGCCUGAUACGAAGCUACGAGCUAAUGCAUCCCUGAAGUUGAUUAUUUCUCCAUAACAGUGCACCCUGCAAUGUGUAUCUACAGUAGCUUCCUCAUUCAGUGUUGACAUGUUAUUUAAUGUAUGGACUGUCACUUCAUUCUUGUGUUUUUUCUUUAUUAAGACUAUCCUUACUUAUCUGUUGCAUCAAAACUAAGAAGGGUAUAAAGAAUAAUUUAUGAACCAAGACUCUCGUAUUGUAAUAAUUUACCAUACAGAUAUCUAAGGGCUAAGUAAUCCAGCAGGAAAAUAUAAUAUACAAGGUUUUCGCAGAAUGAUUACUAAAAAAAUACAGGUGCUGAUGGCUAUAAAGGAAAUACUUGUGCUUUUUAUAGAGUUUUAUUACUUUGCUGAGUCAUCAUGCCCAGAUAAGCUUAUUUCAGCCCUUUUAGAACAUCAUUUUGUGUAAAAAGCUGUGAAUGAAUGUUAAUUGUGCAAACAAUG